AUGAAUAUAAACCUAGAUUCGGCAAAGGGGACCCUUUGCAAGAACAUAUUAAUUUAUGGCUAUUGUAAAUACGAAAACAAGGGAUGUGCAUUCAGCCAUAGAAGAAACAACAAUGCCAAUCUGGGCCCUGGGGCUACUCCAGCGAAGUCUGUGGCCACCACACCUACCUCAGACAAGCGGAAAUUCAACGUAAAUACGCCAUCUUUCCAGCCUUCGACGGCUCCAGUCCAGGGACUCGCCAACAAGUUUGCGGGUUUGCUGCCAAAAGUUAAGGAUAUACCGGUCUUUGUACCUUCUGGAACACCUGCUUCCCCUGCACAAUCCACACCGUCCACCGGAAAUCAAGAACAACCAAUGCCAACUAGCACUGUGUCGAAUGUUCCCGAACGAAAGUUCAAUACUUCGACACCUUCGUUUACUCCCAGUCAACCAAUUCCCGCUCCCCCUCCCCAAAACACAAGCAGUCCCCCAACCAACCCAUAUCUCAUGAACCAGCCGGGUCCUCCAACGGAUAUGUACUACCAAUCAGCCUACCCGCUACAAUACCAUCUUUAUGCCCCAGCGCCGCCUCCACGAUUGGCCAUUACCCACUCGCUGCACCAGGUCGACGCCCAUUCGCUAUUCAUCGAUUCAGAAUUACGGGAAACCCUCCAGAAACGAAACGAAGCAACUCUCCAAAGUUAUCCUGGAGGUCCUGAAAUCGUAGACGUAUACCAUACUGUGGUGCCCAUUGCGGCCGAAGGAGUAUCAAAAAUAUGGAAGGUGUCUUCUUCGGUGUACAAGGGUGUCUCUAAUGUUGAUGGAAACGUAUACGCUCUUCGCAAGAUUGAAGAUUUCAAAAUAAUCAAUGAAACACCGUUUAGAACCAUCAAAAGAUGGCACGGACUUCAAAGCGCCAAUAUAGUGAAAAUUCAAGACGCAUUCACCACCGUUGCCUUUGGCUCACCGUCACUAGUCGUGGCGUAUGAUUACUAUCCGAACGCAUCGACACUCUUGGAGCAGCAUGUCAACCGCCGGUUGGGUGGCCGUCUUGAGCCGCUCACCGAAGAUAUUUUGUGGCUCUACUUGACUCAGCUUGUCAAUGCAGUACGCACAGUACACAAGAAGAAACUAGCAGCAAGAUCUUCACUCGAUCUUUCCAAAAUCAUCGUCACCACCAACAGAAUUCGUCUUGCCGCGAUAGGAAUGAGUGACAUUCUCAAUUGGGAAGCUGACGACGCCGAGAUUGCUCGUGUGGGGUUGCCGACUUAUAUGGAGAACCUUCAGCAGGAAGAUAUUCGAAACAUGGCACGCUUAAUGGUUGAUCUAACCACAGUAAUGAAUCCCGUUGUCCAAAAUGACAUUUUUAAAUUGAAGUCCAGCGGCUUAAGCACCGAUUUCGUCGCUGCCGUCCAAGAUCUUUCCAACACAGACGACUUGGAGUCUUACAUCCGCAAGCACCUCGCCAUACGUCUUUUGGAUGUCGUGGAUAUGCUUGAGGACCUGAAUGACUACCUCGAAUCUCAAUUGAGUACGGAGCUCGAAAAUGCCAGACUUGUACGACUUAUGACCAAGAUCAAUUUCAUCGUCGAUCGACCCGAAUGGGAUAACGAGGCGACAGCGGCUGCGGCUGGAUGGACAGAAAAUGGACCCAAAUACCUCCUAAAGCUCUUUAGAGAUUUUGUGUUUUUUCAAACCGAUGAAAUGGGGAAACCGGUAACCGACCUUUCGCGAGUGCUCGUCACACUCAAUAAGCUUGAUGCUGGGAUCGACGAAAAAUUCUUGCUUGUGAGCCGUGACGAAAAGACGUGCAUUGUGGUGAGCUAUAAGGAAAUCAGAGACUUGUUGGAAUCUGUUUUCCGGACCAUAACUAGAGGUAAAUAG